AAAAGUCUCCAGAUUACUUUCGUGGAAGCAUCUCUUUCGGUGGGUGAUAAGGCUACCAUGAAUCGUCGGUCGUUGUCUGCUAUGAAAAGAAGCCACUAUGAACUUUCGAGGAAGCUUCUGUCUGAUCACCAGUUGAAACUUGAAACCACUCUUAUGUGAUGAAAACAAAUGUUGAAACGGUUCAUCCUACAUUUCGAAGAAAGAGGAGAUUUCUGAAUCAUGGACGGCAACAAGAACCUUCCACCACUUGAGCUGUCUGCUUUUCCGAUCCUUCCCUCCUCUCCAGGUACGUCUAAUAAACCUCAACCUGGACAAAGAGAUAAUGCUUCCAGUUGGUUCCGUUUCAACAUUCACGUGCACGCCGAACUAAGCAAAUCCCGCAGGAGAUGGCGCCUUGCUUUCCUGUAUAUCUUUGCUUCCAAGGCACUGAUCCCUCCUCACCUUGCCAAGGAAAUUGAAAUUAUAUCUGUGAACAACAAGCAACUCCCUUCAAUGUUUCAACACACUGACUCUUACAUCCUCGAUAUACCUGAUGCUGACGAAAUUCACCAGAGAGCAAUACAGCCCAUUGACCUACAAAAGCUGAAUCAAAUUGUAAAGGAUAAGAACCUGGACGAUUUGAGGGAGCUUGGAGGAGUGCAGGGAGCUGCAGCAACCCUGCAAAUCGAUUUAGAGUGUGGGAUUCGUGGCAAUGAAGAUGUUAUCCGUCGACGUGAUGAUUUUGGGUCUAACACCUACCAAAAGCCACCACCCAAAGGUUUCGUAUAUUUUGUGUUGGAAGCUUUCAAAGAUAAUACCAUUCUCAUCCUCUUGGUUUGUGCUAUACUAUCUCUCGGGUUUGGCAUCAAGGAAAACGGCCCAAAAGAUGGAUGGUAUGACGGUGGGAGUAUCUCUAUUGCAAUAUUUCUGGUGGUGAUCGUUUCUGCAGGGAGUAACUUCAGACAAUCUAGACAGUUCGAGAAGCUAUCAAGCAUCAGCAACGACAUUCAGGUUGAGGUCAUCAGAGACAGUCAUCGGCAAAAGAUUUCCAUCUUCAAUAUCGUGGUAGGAGAUGUUGUAUGUUUGAAGAUAGGCGAUCAAAUUCCUGCAGAUGGCUUGUUCUUGGAUGGCUAUUCCUUACAGGUGGAUGAGUCAAGCAUGACAGGGGAGAGUGACCAUGUGGAUGUUGAUGCCAGUGAGAAUCCUUUCCUGUUAUCGGGUGCCAAGGUGGUAGAUGGGCAUGGUCGAAUGCUUGUAACUUCUGUUGGGAUGCAAACAGAAUGGGGCAAGUUGAUGAGCUCAAUAAACUGUGAUUCCAGUGAACGGACACCAUUACAAGCUCGCCUGGACAAACUAACUUCUUCUAUUGGCAAAAUUGGUUUAACAGUGGCUUUCCUUGUACUUGUAGUGUUGCUGGUCCGUUACUUCACAGGAAAUACAGAAGACGAGAAUGGAAAUAAAGAGUUCGAUAGCAACAACACAAAUGUCGAUAAAAUUUUUAAUGCAAUCCUGCGCAUUGUUGCUGAUUCUGUUACCAUUGUGGUUGUCGCUAUUCCAGAAGGCUUACCAUUGGCUGUCACGCUGACUCUUGCUUAUUCCAUGAAACAAAUGAUGGUUGAUCAAGCGAUGGUUCGAAAACUCUCUGCCUGUGAAACAAUGGGCUCGGCCACUACUAUCUGCACUGAUAAAACAGGCACAUUGACCAUGAACCAAAUGAAAGUGACUGAAUUUUGGCUUGGCCUAGAAAAGAUGGGAAAUGAUGCGUUAUCCACAAUUGCUACGAGUGUUAUUGAAUUGCUUCACCAAGGAGUUGGUCUGAACACGACUGGUAAUGUGUAUCGACCUACUUCAGGAGCAAUACCUGAGUUCUCUGGUAGUCCAACUGAGAAAGCCAUUCUUUCAUGGGCUGUCUCGGAACUGAGCAUGGAUAUGGAAGAAUUGAAAAAAAAUUGUACCAUUCUCCAUGUUGAAUCGUUCAACUCAGAGAAGAAAAGAAGUGGCAUUUCAAUGAAGAAGAAGGAUGAGAAGACGACCCAUGUGCAUUGGAAGGGGGCUGCUGAGAUGAUACUAGCAAUGUGUUCAAGUUACCAUGAGAGUACAGAAGCCAUGAAGCCCAUGGAUGAUGACUGUAGGAUGAAAAUCAGUCAAAUAAUUCAAGAUAUGGCAGCCAACAGCCUCCGAUGCAUUGCUUUUGCCCACAAGAAAAUCAUAGAUGAAGAGUGCAGAUACAGUGAAAACAAGAAUGCCCAACAACAGUGUCAAGAAGAUGGUCUAACGUUGUUGGGACUUGUAGGUAUAAAGGACCCAUGUAGACCAGGGGUCAAAACAGCCGUGAAAGCUUGUGAAGAUGCAGGAGUAAGCAUCAAAAUGAUCACAGGAGACAAUAUUUUCACUGCAAGAGCAAUAGCCAUUGAAUGUGGGAUUCUUAAGACAAAUCAAGAUAUGAAUAAUGGAGAAAUUGUCGAAGGUGUGGAAUUUCGAAACUACACAGAGGAGGAGAGAAUGUCAAAAGUUGAUAAAAUCCGGGUAAUGGCAAGGUCUUCUCCCUUUGACAAGCUUCUAAUGGUACAAUGCUUGAAACAAAAAGGUCACGUGGUAGCUGUAACAGGUGAUGGAACAAACGAUGCACCCGCUUUAAAGGAAGCUGAUAUUGGGCUUGCAAUGGGGAUCCAAGGCACUGAAGUAGCUAAAGAAAGUUCUGAUAUUGUCAUCUUAGAUGAUAACUUUGCUUCUGUGGUUACAGUGGUAAGGUGGGGGAGAUGUGUUUAUAACAACAUUCAAAAAUUCAUCCAAUUCCAACUUACAGUGAAUGUUGCUGCUCUUGUGAUUAACUUUGUUGCAGCAGUCUCUGCUGGCGAAGUCCCACUAACUGCAGUUCAGUUGUUGUGGGUGAACUUAAUUAUGGACACACUGGGCGCUCUGGCUCUAGCAACUGAGCGACCUACCAAGGAGCUCAUGGAGAAGCCACCAGUAGGUCGGACUGAGCCACUUAUAACCAAUGUCAUGUGGAGGAAUCUCAUGGCUCAAUCUCUAUACCAGAUAAUUAUACUUUUGAUAUUACAGUUCAAAGGCACAUAUAUCUUUAAGGUAAAUGAGAAGGUUAAGGACACCCUAAUUUUCAAUACUUUCGUGCUUUGUCAAAUCUUUAACGAGUUCAAUGCUAGGAAGCUUGAGAAGAAAAAUGUCUUUGAAGGUAUAUACAAGAAUUGGUUGUUUAUGGGGAUUAUUGGAAUAACUCUCAUUUUUCAGGUGAUAAUGGUGGAAAUUUUAAAAAAGUUUGCAGAUACUGAAAGGCUAGAUUGGGGGCAAUGGGGUGUAUGUAUUGGAAUAGCCUCUAUGUCUUGGCCAAUUGGUUGGAUUUUCAAACACAUACCAGUUCCAGAUAAACCAUUUUUUAGCAUUCUCAAGUUGCAGAUUUCCAAAUUGCUAUAGUGGGUAAUUUUUCUUCUUUUCAUGGUUGCGAUGAAGUGAAUCUACAAUUAGCAAACUCAUCCUCAGGAUAAGAGUAUUGGAUUUGAAAAUUUUCACCAAAGGGAUCAUUAGACUACCUUUUACAGUAGGGAGAGCGCAAAAAGGACAAUUUGUCUAACUGUAAUAAGGUGUGCCUUGGAAAGGUAGAUGGUGUUUGGAGAUCCAGAGAGUCAAAGACAAAAAACCUGCUACAUAAAAUGGUUUUGCAGGCUCGAAUAAAACCAAUUUCCUUUGGCAAUCAUUCAGAAAGACAGAUGGAGUUUGGUGAUCCAGAAAGUCAGACAAAAACCCUACUCAGUAAAAUGGUUUUGGACCUGAAAGAAAAGUUACUGGAAGUUUGCACAUGAAAAUCCGAAAAUAGGGACUAUUUACCUAUAUAUUGUUCAUAUGACAUAUCAGGUAUGAUGUUGUGUUUAGUCACAACUCACAACUUUACCAUUUGGGUGGGGAGCUACGCUCUUUCAACUUUUUCUAAUUUCUAUUCCUUAUUCUUGCAUAAGAAAAGGCUUAUUCAGUUUAUCCACAUUUUGGAUUUCCUAAAAGCAUCAUAAUUAAUGUUUUUAGGUUCUAACUUACUUGGAUUAAAGAAUUUGGGUUCUAAGUUACUUGGAUUUGUUUUCUUGCUCCUUAAAAAUCAUGAUUGCUUGCCAUGUGGAUAUGAAUUUGCAGACCCUAACAUUCUUUACAGUCAGGUGCAUUAAAGAGAACAGAAUGGUGGAACAGAGUUCAUGUAGUUGAGAUAAGGCUUAGAAAAAGAUGAUGAUGAUGUAUGAUGAUGAUAAUGAACAUCUUUAGUGUAUUUUUUUCUUCUUUUCUC